AUGACGGGGCUGGAGGAGGACCAGGAGUUCGACUUCGAUUUCCUUUUCGAGUUUAACCAGAGCGAGGAAGGUACCGCCGCCCCAGAGCACUAUAGCUACGCCUCCCCUGGCGUCAGCUCCGCUCUGCUUCCCGGCUCGGCUCAGCCCUCGCUGCCGGCUCCAGGCCACGACCUGCAGAUCUCGGCCCCGGGCGUGCCGGCCACCGCGGCCGGUCAGCCCCCGGGCUAUGGGGGGGCCGUGGACAGCGGGCCCGCGAGCUACUUCCUCUCCUCCGGCCACGUCAGGCCCAACGGGGCCCCCGCCCUGGAGAGCCCCCGCAUCGAGAUCACGUCGUACAUGGGGCUGCACCACGGCAACAACCAGUGUUUCCACGACGUGGAGGUGGAAGACAUCCUUCCCGGCUCCAGGCGGCCCCCCUCCACGGCCACCCUGAGUCUGCCCAACCUGGAGGCCUACCGGGACCCCUCCUGCCUGAGCCCCGCCAGCAGCCUGUCCUCCCGCAGCUGCAACUCCGAGGCCUCGUCCUACGAGUCCAACUUCUCGUACCCCUACGCGUCCCCACAGACGUCCCCGUGGCAGUCGCCCUGUGUGUCCCCCAAGACCACGGACCCCGAGGAGGGCUUCCCCCGCGGCCUGGGGGCCUGCGGCUUGCUCGGCUCCCCCCGGCACUCGCCCUCCACCUCGCCCCGCACGAGCGUCACGGAGGAGAGCUGGCUGGGGGCCCGCACGUCCCGGCCCUCGUCCCCCUGCAACAAGAGGAAGUACGGCCUCAACGGCCGGCAGCUGUCCUGCUCGCCGCACCAGUCGCCCACGCCGUCCCCACGCAGCUCGCCGCGGGUCAGCGUCACCGACGACACGUGGCUGGGCAACAGCACCCAGUACACCAGCUCGGCCAUCGUGGCCGCCAUCAACGCCCUCAGCACCGACGGCAGCCUGGAGCUGGACGGCGUCCCCGUGAAGGCGCGCAAGACCGCCCCGGACCACUGUCCCUCCGUGGCGCUCAAGGUGGAGCCGGCCGGGGAGGACCUGGGGACCACGCCGCCCACGGCCGAGUUCCUGCCCGAGGAGUUCCCUUCCUUCCAGCACGUCCGGAAGGGCGCCUUCUGUGACCAGUACCUGUCGGUGCCGCAGCACCCCUACCAGUGGGCCCGGCCCCGGUCCCCGACAGCCUAUGGCAGCCCGUCGCUCCCGGCCCUAGACUGGCAGCUGCCAUCGCGCUCGGGACCCUACGAGCUGAGGAUCGAGGUGCAGCCUAAGCCCCACCACAGAGCCCACUACGAGACAGAGGGGAGCCGGGGCGCCGUGAAGGCAUCGGCCGGAGGACACCCCAGCGUGCAGCUCCACGGCUACUUGGAGAACGAGCCCCUGACCCUGCAGCUGUUCAUCGGGACGGCCGACGACCGCCUCCUGAGGCCCCACGCCUUCUACCAGGUCCACCGGAUCACGGGCAAGACGGUCUCCACCACCAGCCACGAAGCCAUUCUCUCCAACACCAAAGUCCUGGAGAUCCCGCUGCUGCCCGAGAACAACAUGCGGGCCAUCGUGGACUGUGCUGGGAUCCUGAAGCUCAGAAACUCAGACAUCGAGCUGCGGAAAGGGGAGACGGACAUCGGGAGGAAGAACACCAGGGUCAGGCUGGUCUUCCGGGUCCACAUCCCGCAGCCCAGCGGCCGGACGCUGUCCCUGCAAGUGGCCUCGAACCCCAUCGAGUGCUCCCAGCGCUCGGCCCAGGAGCUGCCCCUCGUGGAGAAACAGAGCGCGGCCAGCUGCCCUGUCCUUGGCGGGAAGAAGAUGGUCCUGUCCGGCCACAACUUCCUGCAAGAUUCCAAAGUCAUCUUCGUGGAGAAAGCUCCAGAUGGUCACCACAUCUGGGAGAUGGAGGCGAAGAUGGACAGAGAGCUGUGCAAGCCGAACUCGCUGGUGGUCGAGAUCCCGCCAUUUCGCAAUCAGAGAAUAACCAGCCCCGUCCAAGUCAGCUUCUACGUCUGCAACGGGAAGAGAAAGAGGAGCCAGUGCCAGCGCUUCACCUACCUGCCCGCGAACGCUCCAGCCAUCAAGACGGAGCCCACCGACGACUACGAGCCUGUCCUGACCUGCGGACCGAUGAGCCAGGGCCCCAGCCCGCUCCCUAAGCCCUGCUACAGCCAGCCGCUGGCCGUGCCGCAGGACCCGGGCUCCUGCCUGCUGCCCGGCUUCCUGCCCUGUCCCCCGAGGACCACCAUGGUGUCUCCACCCCCCAGCGCCAGCCCCAAGCUCCAUGACCUCUCUGCCGCCACCUACAGCAAGGGCAUGGCCGGCCCGGGCCUCGGACUUCCGCGGCCGGCCGGAGGGGUCCUCGCCGUUGAGGAGACGCCGAGACUCGUGAGCGUGCACCCCGGGCCCCCCCAGCCGCCGCCCCCCGCCCUGCUGCGACCCCAGCCCUGCGGCCCCACCCGCCCGUCCGCGACGGGCCACCAGCUGCCCCAACGGCCGAAGGCUCCGAGGAGCGAGUCCACAGUCCCCCGGCCUCUGCCGCCGCCCGAGGUGCGUGAGGACAGUAGUCGUAGUCUGGCCCCCAUUCCCGUAACGGUCAAGCGAGAGCCUCAGGACUUGGACCAGCUGUACCUGGACGACGUAAAUGAAAUAAUACGGAACGAUCUCUCCAGCACCAACAUCCGAUCAUAGCCGGCCACACGGAGCUCACGCACAAGCCCCUUGGAGCCCGCUCAGCCGCCGAUGGUGCCACACCAGGAACUCCGGGGACACCCAACGCACACCUGGCGCCGGCCCAGCUCCCGCUAACCCAAGAUUUGCCUCGCGCGCUCCAUGUAGUUCUGUGCCCGGGAAGACGGACCAAAGGGGGUGGGGCCACCGGUGCACCUGUUGCGGGCCCGGGUGCCCCUGCCCCGGGCUUCAGUGCUGGAAGUGCCUUAUUAACUGGACCCGGUGCCCCGGGGCAGAGCGUGGGGUCUGCCGCCAGGAGAGCGUGUGCAGGAGCGAAGCCGUAAAGACACGCGGCCGUGCGGCUCUCUCUUCUGUGUGGGCUGGGAGAACCCUGGCCAGCGAGGCACUGCAGGGAGACCCAGCCCCGCUUCCGAGCUUUCUCCGCUCCCCUUGGGCUGCAGCAUGCGACCUGCGGCCUUGUUCAGCGCGUUUCGGGAACUAAGUCAGCGCUUUUGGGGAUGUAAAUCCGCGCGUUUCGGGAUCUUGCCCGUCGUCCUUUCGCGCCCCCUGCUCCCUCCAGUGUCACCGAAACUGUGGGAUUGUGGAGUGUAGCAUGCUGGGGUUUUGUUUUUAAUCUGGCUUUGAACGUGGCGCAGGUAGGAUGCACAGGACACUCUGCGGGACAAAGGAGGCCUGUGCAGCCAGGACCGACCUGGCGUUCGCGUGUGUGCACAGACGGUGGCAUGUACGCACAAAUGCAGAGCGACGGCAGGGGCGACGUGCGGCCCUCGCCCCGCAGGGGCUGCCGCGUUGCCCGUACCCCGUGUCCGUUCUGGAAGAUGCAUCUAAGACAAAACCCGGCUCUCUGGCUCCAUCCCGGGGCCCAUCUCCCGUCCGCCGGGUCUGCACCGUCCUGCGGGGUGCGGCAGGCCGAGCUCGUCAGAAGGCCGGGAGGGGUGCGUUCUCGGUGCGCGGAUGUGCCCGAACGGCAAGGGAAGGCGACUGUGCCGCGCGUCCGGGGAGUGGAGCGUGUGCGCUCCGCUGUGGGGUUUCCCUUCACAGAAGCCUUCCGACCGCGCGUCGGCUCAGGGAACAGUCACCAGAAAUGGGUUCCUGGGCAGCGCCUGCCGCGUGUUCCCGACGGGCCGCUGGGAACGCACGGGUCCGCGUGGACGCCGCCGCUUCUGUCGGCAGCAGCCCGUGUCGCGUCCGGGACCCGCCGUCUCUCGUAGGCACGGCUCAUUCAACACGCUUCACCUGAACACUGUGCUUCGGGAGUCCGGGCCCCCGGAACACGCCUGAAGCGGCACCCGCGGGCGGGCGGCGUGGGUCCUGGCCCGCAGCGCGACGUGAGGUGGAUUGGAUCUGCGCAGCGUCCUCCUGUACCUCCACGCGCCGAUUUUGCUGGACGCCGGGAAGGACACAAGGCCGAAGGCCGUAUCCAUAUCUUGUGCGCCGCCGUGAGAAUGCCGACACGUGGCUGCCCCCAGCCACCGCCCGCCUGUCGCCCGGACCUCGGCCUGCCCUCUGCGUCCUGGGACUCGCACGACCCUCUUCUCUGUGCUUUCUGUGGGAGGGAACCAUUUGGUGUUUGUGUCCGCUGUCCUUUAGUUAGGAGAUAGACCCAAUAAAGCAUUAUUUUUUGCUGGACAA